UAACACUGUUGUAUUGUGUAGACUCUGUACAGCUACUGUGAGAUAAAAGCCAAGACCGAGUCGGAACCAGUUCUGACUCAGUAAUCACAACCAUUUCAAGAAACAAAACCAAACCCUCUCUCAGAUCUCUCCUCUCUUUUUGGAUCAAACCCCAUCAAAAUAGCAAAAGAUUUCAUACCCAAAAAUUAAUUGAAUAUAUUUUCAUUUUCUUUCUUCAAAUCUGAAUAAUCAAAAAAUCCAAAAUGAAGAUAGAUCUGAACAAAUAGAAACCCUAACACAAAAAAAGAAAAAAUAUCUCAAUCUCUUCGCAUUCGCAUUUCAUCGAGAUCUGACUCCCAGCUCAUGGUUUCUGAGUUCUCCCAUCAUUGAUUUGAUCAAUCGAUGAAGCUUGGCCUCUCUAUUUUUAGGGCUAACACUGAUAAUCAAUCGAUAUAUAUUCAUAUAUAUAUCGAAUAUCUUGAAACCAUUCUUGUACAGCUAUGUCGAAGACGGACAACACUCAUCGUCAUCACCAUCAGCAACAGCGAAACGGCGUCAUUCUCCCUCAGCCGUGUCAGCACUUAUCAGAUUUCCGAUCUAGGCUCGGAACGAAGCCGUUUCGGGCUUUGCAGGAGUGCCUCCGCGUGCGGCCGCUGGGCCGCGCCGCGAUCCGCCGCGAGGCCAACGAGGUCCCGCGCUGCGGCGCGUGCGGCGAGGCGGCAAAGCCGCGGCUCUACGCGUGCGUGGCUUGCGCUGCCGUCUCUUGCCACUCCCACGCGGCGGCGCACGCAGAGCCGGGACACGAGAUCGCCGUCGACGUGGACCGAGCAGAGCUGUUCUGCUGCGUGUGCCGCGACCAAGUCUACGACCGCGACUUCGACGCCACCGUCGUCAUCGCUCAGACCGCUGCGUCCACUCUUGGCGGAUCGAUCCGCUCUCCGCCUCCCGAAAACCUUCGCAAGCGGCGGCGUGUGGAUUACCGUCCCUGGACGCCUGAUCUGCGUGAGCGAGUGUUGGUCGGAAAAAAUUCGAGUCCGUUGCAGAGAACUACCGAUGGCGAGUCGUCCUCGGACUUGCCAUCGGGAUUGCGAGGGCUCAACAAUCUUGGAAACACAUGUUUUAUGAAUUCGGUGUUGCAAGCAUUGCUUCACACACCGCCAUUGAGGAACUAUUUCUUGAGCGAUCGGCACAAUCGCUAUUAUUGUCAGCGGAAGAACAGUGUCAGGAAAAAUGCUGCCAGAAAUGAUACCAAUAUUAGUAAGAAUUCGCAAUUGUGUUUGGCUUGCGACAUGGAUGCGAUUUUUUCAGCAAUGUUUUCAGGUGAUCGGACGCCAUAUAGCCCGGCAAAAUUUCUAUACAGUUGGUGGCAACAUGCAGCAAACCUUGCAAGUUACGAACAACAAGAUGCCCAUGAAUUUUUCAUUUCCAUGCUUGAUGGGAUUCAUGAAAAAGUUGAGAAGGAUAAGCGUGAGACCCAUAGUCGAGGUAAUGGAGACUGUUGUAUUGCUCAUAGAGUAUUUUCCGGCAUUUUGCGAUCUGAUGUCAUGUGUACAGCUUGUGGUUUUACAUCUACAACAUAUGAUCCUUGUGUAGACAUCUCUCUAGACUUGGAACAAAACCAAGGUGCUUCAGCAAAGAUGACAUCUACAAAAUCCCAUCAUUCUUGUAAUGGCGAGGCAGAUUCCAAAAGUUCAAAACAAAAUGGUGGAAUGUCAACUCUGAUGGGGUGUUUGGACCGUUUCACAAGACCUGAGAGAUUAGGCUCUGACCAAAAGUUCUUCUGCCAACAAUGUCAGGUGCGACAGGAAUCACUCAAACAGAUGUCAAUAAGAAAGCUUCCAUUGGUUUCUUGCUUUCACAUCAAAAGAUUUGAGCAUUCUUCAACACGGAAGAUGUCAAGGAAGGUUGAUCGUUAUUUGCAGUUCCCAUUUUCCUUGGACAUGGCACCUUAUCUCUCUUCAUCAAUCUUGAGAAGUCGAUUUGGAAACAGAAUCUUUUCUUUUGAUGGGGAUGAUUCAGAUGCUUCAAAUGAGUUAUCUUCAGAGUUUGAGUUGUUUGCUGUCAUCACUCACACUGGUAAACUAGAUGCUGGCCAUUAUGUGACCUAUUUACGUUUAAGUAAUCAAUGGUACAAGUGUGAUGAUGCUUGGAUUACUCGAGUGAAUGAGAACAUCGUGAGGGCUGCUCAAGGAUAUAUGAUGUUCUACGUGCAGAAGAUGCUUUAUUACAAGGCAAGUGAAAAAACAGCUCCCUCGUGAUCUGUUGACAUAAAAAGGGUUGGUGGAUUAAUCAGUUGCGAAGGAAGGACAAGUUUAAACUAUCCAUUGGCAGUUGUGGGUAAGAUAGCCGCAUGUCAAAGAAGUCAGCGGCGUUACUGAGUUGCUGACUAAGCAGCCCUCCUGCUUCCUGAGUACAUACAUGAUAGGCAAUUCACUAAUCUCACUCGGAGCAUUGAGCGUCAAUAUUUUGGGCCGUCUCCUGCGUUCGGGAAAAAAAAUAUAGCUUAAAGGUAUAAAAACCUUAAAAGAAAAUCAUUUGAAUUUGAUUCAUUUUUUUUUUUUUUUUUCUGCUCAUUCUAGUAUUGUAAGUGGGUAGAUUCUGUUUUCUUGUGGAUCCUCAAACUUGCAAUGCUUGGAGUUGUAGUUUACUGCUGUGCUAAUCUCAUACAUAGCACGACAAUGUUUGAAUCUGAUUCGAGAGCUAUCUUUAACAUACACUGAUUUCUAUUUUA